AUGCAGGUGGAGUACCUGUGCUGGAGCCUGCGCCCCGCCAUCGACGCAGGCUUCCGCGGGGACGUGCGGGCCAUGCGGCACAUCAUUGCGCAGCAGCUGGCGGGCUCGGCGCCCGAGCCGGCCAAGGGCAGGGCCCAGCGCGGCAUCGUGUUGGCGGCAGGCGGGCAGGAAUACAUCGCCAACGCCUUUGUCAACCUCUACGUCCUGCAGCGUCACCUCAACUGCACGCUUCCUGUGGCCAUCAUGUAUUGGGGCGCAUCCAAGCUGGACGCCAUCAGCAGUAGCACGCAAGCCUUCCUGCAGGAGCACUUGCGGCAGGUGCAGCUCAUAGAUGCCAGCAAGCUGCCAUAUCCCAAGCACCACCGCUGGCUGUUCCCUUCGGGAGAUGAGGAGCUGUUCAAUGGGUGGAAGGUCAAAGUGUUUGCCGCGUAUGCAGCCCCCUUUGAUGAGAUACUGCUGCUAGACGGAGACUCCACACCGCUGCAAGACCCCGAGCCCCUGUUUGCCCACCCCUCUUACAUCCAGCAGGGCAGCAUGUUCUGGCCAGAUGCCUGGUGCAAGCGGGUGGAGCUGUUUGCACGCAUCGGCCUGGCCGACCCCUGGGCAGCAGCUGAACCCAGGGGCGGCCGCCGGGCGCCUGUGUGGCAGGCAGAGACGGGGCAGUUCAUGCUCAACAGGGCCCAGCACCGCGACGUGCUGGAAUGGCUGCUGUUUUUGAAUACGCGGGAUGAGUUCAGCUACUGGUACGGUUAUGGCGACAAGGACACCUUCCUGGCUGCCUUCAUGCUGGCGGGCAAGCAGGAGCAGUACUACCAGGUCCCCCAACCGUUGUCGCUGCCGCUGUCUGGACGGCUCAAGGGCUGGUCCAAGCUGCGGGUGCAGGGCCUGCUGCAGCACCACCCCGACUCCUCCUUCAUGUUCCUGCACAGGGCAGGCUUCCACGGGCGCAAGUAUGACCCUUCCCAGGACCAGACCAGGCCCGUGAGCCAUGUGGUGGCGCAGCCCACUUGCGAGUGGAACCGGCUGAACAAGCCGUUUGAGGAGUUUGUGAAGCUGCGGCAGGGGCGCAACACCUAUACGCCCCAGGACUGCGCAUAUGACUUGAGCAGCCUGCAAGCAGUGGUGGCGGCCUGCGGAGCUGAGCGCGGCCGGGGCCAAAGCCGGCGAGCAGCUAAGGUGCCGCCGGAGCAGCCACCGAUAUUUGAGGUUGGGCAGAACAUGUCGCUGGCGCUGGUACAGCACAAGGCAGAUGCUGCCUUCAAGCUGCUGCGCAAAGCCAAGCAGCAGGACAACACGCUGUUUUGA